GACUUUAAAGUAGUCUGCUAGUAGGUUUCAUAACCUUAGGUGACAGACCUAGUUUCCAACAUGGCAGAAGAUCUACAAAAGAAUGAAUUUGCUGCUCUUUUCCCAUCUGUUGAGGCUGCCCAUCAGUUCCAGCAAAGGCAGCAUGACUGUAGUGGAGCGCUUCCAACAUCUCAAUUACCUCUGAAAGAAGAAACUUCUGCUGUGCCAUCAAAAAAUGAGCAACUCUCCAGUUAUUGUAAGGAAACAGAGAUAUCUUGUCUCCUGGAAUAUCUUCUACUGUGCACUUCACAUGAUGUGUCCAUCAACAGUUGGCAUGCUUGUGUUAAGCUCCCCGACUCUGCACUCUCAGUUGACUCAACUGAUACACUUUUAUUUGAACGUCUUAUGCUGGAACAACCUUAUUCCUUGGCUGGACCUAAUAGUACUCAUCCUAACAGAACAACUCAUUGGGGUUCUGUUAAUGCUGAGGCUGUGGUAGAAGUGCAGGUGUUAUUUUAUCUUUUUGAAGUUUAUGAACGCUGUUCAUGUGCAAGGAAGAAAAUCAAAUCAAGUAAAGGUUCACUUGAUAAUUAUUUAAGUUGUGUUGAGGAACUCGAAGAACAUGUCAUUGUCAACUUCCACACAGCCAUACAUGAGCCUGACAUUUAUGUUGGCCAAAAUGUACAUGAGCAGUUAAAGAAGCUGUUACAGGAAAAAUUGACAGAAUCUGAAGUUUUUGAUGAGCUUGUGGUGCGCUAUGUGACCAGAGCUGAGGCUGAAGGCAGCAAUCUUCCUGAAGUCUUUUCUCAGAUAUUGGAUGAGGUUAAGACAAGUUUGAAAGACUCUGAGCUCAUGGCUGUGGACUGGCUAGCUGUGAGGCGUCUAGCCCAAUACUGCAUCAGGCCAAGUCUUGCUACGAUUCUCCUCACAGUGCCAGCACCAGGUGCUCUAUGGACUGGUCCUCAAGUUGCUGGAGCUGCCUAUGAAGCUACUGCCCUUGGAUGUCUCCUGGCAAUCUCUGCUCUGCCGGCCUCUCCAUUGCAGCCUUCAGCUUUCUUUGUUGAUGCUGCUAGGCUUACCAGGCAGGAGGUGAAUGCUGUGAAUUCAUCAAUAUCAUCUACUCAAGCCAUCGUGAAUGAACGCACCUUUGAAAUAUUUAGUGCACUCUUGAAGAACAAGGCGACGCGCCACAUGGUCAUGAAGUGGCUGGAAGGAUGUGUGGCUAGCAACUUGGGACGAGCAGGACUCUGGCACGUGGCUGGCGAAGGUUCCCUCACCGCCACGCAGUACGCCAGCGACGGCUUCAUGAUCAACCUCGGCGCCGUCCUCGCCAGACUCGCCCACAAGUUCACAGAGGGCGUUGUUGUGAUGGGCGAAGGCGGCAACCUGGCGUCGCAGCAUGCCAUCAUGAAGGUUGAUCCAUCGUAUUGCGUUAGCGGCAAGUCCCAAGCUGCUGGGGAACGCAUUCCAGGCUCGUAUCCUGCCUCACUGGACACCUUGACGCCCCUCAUCCCCCCUGCAGAGGGUGAUAAGGCUCACCCUCCUCUACCUCAGCAGUACACCUUCGUGACGGCCUGCUUCUUCUUUGCCCACGCCGCUCUCAAUCUCGGCAUGGCGGUGACAGUGAGUCGCCUGGAGCGCGUACAGCGGGAUCUUAACCGCCUGCACCAGGAGAACCGAGCCCUGGACCGGUCCGCCGACCCGACCCUGCGUACCCUGAUCCGGGACCGCGUGUCCCUGCUCACUUCCUCCUACCUCACCCUGCGCGCCGCCCUCCUCCCGCAGUCCUGCUCGCCCCACACCACACAUCUGCUAGCUGCCACCGCGCACUGGCUCGUUCAGAUCGCCCAGUUGCCGCUCUCCCCAUGGGACAGCUGCCCUCGCCUGAGUGUCCCGGUGCAAACGCCGAUACCUGAAACAGCUGACCAGGACCCGGUGCCUCACAAAGACAGCUGGCUGCAGUUCAUACCCGAGAUGCUCGUCGACAACAUCGCACGUCUGGCAACUCUCUACCGAAUGCUAAAUGCGGACGAUAACACACCGCUCUUUGACUUGCCUGUCAACAAGCACUACAUCACGUUCAUCAUUUCCUUCAUGGGUUCUUCCAGUCGCAUCAAAAAUCCAUACUUGAGGGCUCAGCUCGCUCAGACUCUGGAAGUAUUGCUGCUGGGGGAGCCUCUGUCCUCGGCCUCAGACUUGACUCGCACCAGCCGCUUCGCCAGCCAACUGCCCGCCAUAUGGCAACAGCUGGUCGAGCAACACCCGCUGGCGGAGCACCUCGUGCCAUCUGUCGUCAGGGUCUUCGUCAGCAUUGAGAUGACGGGACAAAAUGUAGCUUUCGAGGAUAAGUUCAAGUAUCGAGGUCCUAUGUACGAGAUCCUGAAGCAGUUGUGGCAGGUGCCGGAGCAGCGCGCCGUGCUCGUCGGUCUCGCUGUCGAGGCGCUGGAGAACAUGGAGAGCACCAAGCCGCCCCUGAUGCUGCGCUUCAUCAACCUCCUCAUCAACGACAACAUCUUUCUUCUCGAUGAGGGACUCACGUACAUGGCGCAGCUCAGGGAAAUGACUCUUGCAAAAGAGCGCGGUGACUGGACUGCCCUGGCGCCGGCUGCGCGGCAGGAGAAGGAGCAAAUGUUGAUGCAGACGGGCAUGAUGGCGCGCUUCCAUAAUGUUCUUGCUAGACGCACCUCUUCCACGCUCCUCAUGCUCACUGAAGAGCACGAGUUGGCAUCUCUGCUCUGCCACCGCACUAUGGUUGAGCGGGUCGCCCACAUGCUCAACUUCUUCCUCGACCAUCUCGUCGGUCCUAAGCAGCGUCAACUUAAGGUCCGAGACGCGGAGCAGUACGAGUUCCAGCCCGGCGUGAUGGUUGCCAUUAUCUGCCGCAUGUACUGCAACCUGACGCAGCUACCCCUCUUCCCGGCCGCUGUUAUUGCCGACGGUCGCAGCUACAGCCCCAAGCUGCUCCAGCAAGCGCGCUCAGUGCUACACCGCAUAGGCGAGUACACGGUGGCGGAGCACAUGGCGGCGGUGGAGGAGCGCGUGGCGGCGGUGGCGUGCACGCAGCAGGAGGAGGAGGACCUCACGGCGGCCGCGCCCGCCCACUUCCUGGACCCCAUCCUGUCGGUGCUCAUGCGAGAUCCUGUCAAGCUCCCGUCCUCCGAGGUUGUGGUGGAGCGCUCGACGAUCGCCCGCCACCUGUUGUCUGAUCAGUCUGACCCGUUCAACCGUCAGCCCCUGACGAUGGACCAAGUCAUCCCUGAUGUUGUUCUGGCCAAGGAAAUUCAUGAAUGGAUUGAAAGUAAAACUGCCGAGCUGAGGAGAGAGAGAAAAGAAAAUGAGGCACUUGCAACGCAAACAAAUGAUGGCAGUGAUAAUCUUGUCAAAGAGACGCCUGACGAUAUGUUCACUGUUACCAAAAAACAGUCCAGAUGUGAACAGUCUUUAAGUGGACCCGAGAUUUCCAGUGAACCAUCCGUAAGUGGACCCGAGACUUCGAGAGAAGCCGCUGAUGCACCAACACCUCCUCAAGAGGAAAGAUAAUAAGCGAAAAUCGAUCGCUUCUCUCCAUUUAUCAUAUUAUCAUGAACCUAUUGAAUUUCCUAAAAUAUUCAAAGCAUUGUGUACUUCUGUUGAAAUCCCUACAUCAGUUGAAUUGCAGUACAUUUUAAUCAAGAAUAUUAUUUCUGAACGUGUUAAUUCAUACCUAGUCAAUGUUCCAGUGUCCUGCACCAAUUUUGCCGAUUUUUUCUGCACCAAUUUCAUUGAUUGCUUCCGACAAUUGAAUCGGCCCGCAUCAACCAUCUGGAUAACGUGCACUCCCGUAAUUUAGUUGAAUCAAUAAUUUACAAAUGAAGUACGACAUAAUAUUGCUUUCCGUUCUUGUUAAGGUCAAGUUGCGUUUGAAAGCAAUUGUUUAUUCUCUCAUUGCGUGUUAAAAUUUCGCAGUACCCUAUGUCUCCAGUUCUCUGAAACUUUUCUAAGAUCAACGAAUUUGAAAUGUAUGCUUUUAGUUCAUAAUACUCAGGAAAGAUUUAUUUUCUACAAACUCAGAUCAUUGUGCAAUUGAACAUUGUUUUUUUUAUAUUUGUAUGGGAUGAAGUCGUCUUCUGUUCACUGCUAUUAUACCCCAUAUUCAUGUAGCAUCUUAAAACUUUGUGCGUGUUUUUCACAACUAUCUGUUGCCUGAAGUGUUCCAGUCAGUGCUUAGUUGUAACGUGUUUUGUUUUAUGAAGUCAUAGACCACUUUCACAGGGUUUUUAUUAAUAUAAUGGGGUUUUGAGUUUUUGUUUUCUUUGUUGUUACUGUUUGCUAGCCUCACGGAUUUCCUACAUUAUUAAUUGUUAUUAUUCUGUGGAGGUCUUCUAAAGUUAGCGUGUUAUUAAUUUUUCCUUUAUGUAUAUGCUGUGUGUCCUCGGUUCCUUUCUUGCUGUAAUAAUUCCAUGAGUUUGCUCACGUAUUUAUAAUACAUAAACGAUCCGAGACUAUGAUCUGGAGUAUCUUAGUGCAUGUAGCGUUAAAUUCCCGUUUCUCUGUUGUUACUUGUGCCCCAUGAGGAUUCAAUUCUAUCUAAAUCCACUGUAUUGAAUCACACUCAUGUGCCACGAUCCAUAUAAACUUUUCUCUAUAAUUCAAUCGAGAAAAAUCUUUUCUUUAUAAUUCAAUCACUGAUAAUAAGUCUAUUGUCUCGAAGUUUCUGUCAUUUUCUUUUGCAAAUUAUUUCUAAAUAUCCUAUUAUAAUCUUAUGGCAAAUACGGUAGUUGGUGAUCCAUUAAUUUCUUGAACGGUAAAAAACAGGUAUCAUUCGAAUUAUUCCUUACAUAAGAUGCAGCUCGCUAUAUAAUAAUUGCAUAUGUUAGCACUCUUUGCACGCUGUGUAACUGUUGUAAAUUUUCGGCAAAAUUAAAUUCCAUUUCAUUAUU